CACUCCUCCCACAGUCAUCAAACAAUAAUUACAGAAACCCCGCUGUCCUGGUCAUUCAGAUGAGAGGAAACACGAGACACAGCUGGAACUCUCUUUCCACUGCUUAAGAAACAUGGAGUUUGUUAAAGAAGAAGAACGUGAAGACACGAGUGAUUCACAAACACGCGACACGAAAGACGGAGAAAGCGGCGAACAGAAGGAGCUGAUGGAAGAGGAAAGUGAGGAAUCGAGUGAAGCUGAAAGGGAAAGUGAAGAACAGAGUGAACGGGAAGAGGAAAAUGAAGAAAUGAGUGAAGUUGAAGAGGAAAGUGAAGAAGAACUGAAUAAAAACUCUUCUAAAAAGAAAACGUCACAAAAACGAAAGUCGUGCACCUGCGGUCAGUGCGGAAAGAGUUUCACGUGUAAAAGAAGCCUGAUGGAACACAUGAGAAUUCACACCGGAGAGACGCCGUUCUCGUGCGGUCACUGCGGAAAGCUGUUUAAAUACAAGGGGAGCCUUACGGAUCACGUACGAAUCCACACCGGAGAGAAACCGUUCAAGUGCACUCAGUGUGAGAAGAGAUUCACACACAGAACAAGCCUUUCAGGACACAUGAAAACACACACCGCAGAGAAACCUUUCACGUGCCAGCAGUGCGGGAGGGGUUUUAGACUUAAAGCAUACUACAACACUCACAUAAAAACUCACUCCGGCGUCAAGCCCUUCAUCUGUCUUCAGUGUGGGAAGAGUUUUAGUUUGGCAGCGAACCUGAAAUCACACGAGAUCAUUCACAGCGAACUGAAGCCGUUUCACUGCGCUCCGUGCGGGAGGAGCUUCAGCCACAUAUCUGAUCUUAAAAGACAUUUAAAGUCGUUCAUACAUAAUAAAUACAGGCCGCUAGAGAGAUUCAUGAUCCAGAGCGGCUCCUCAGAUCAUGGUUUGCCCUCAGGAGUCAAUGUGCCAUUCACUAAAACACACUUCCUGCAGUGAACUUCCUGCUGUUUUUAUUUCCUGUCUGUAGAGAGGAGAUCAAUGUGUUAAACAUGUCGAUUACUGUAAACAGAUGGUUUAAA